UUGUGACAUAUUUAAUAAACAUUCCUUCUAUUCUCCUCAAUUGAUAACUAAUCGAUAUUAAAAGAGUGAAGAUCUCAACGACCUUCAAGAGGCUCUCUUUAUCCGUGCCUCCAGGGAGGUGGCAGAGAGAAUACGUCUUCCAACACACCACUCAAACUGUUUACAUAAUUGCUCCACUCUUUUGACCAGAGUCCUUGCCUCGAGUGUAAUACGGGAGGCCAUGAACACACAGUAUGUUUAUAGUAGAGGUUUUGUAUGGGGGAGGAUGUAUGAAGCUUGAUGAAGCUCUCUUCUUAAGAUGGUGCUGAUAGACACCGUCAUCAUCAGCUGCUCAUUGGCUCGGGGACCAGUUCUACAGGGAGGCCAUUGAGCACUGUCGCAGCUACAAUGCCCGCUUGUGUGCGGAGCGCAGCGUACGCAUGCCCUUCCUGGACUCUCAGACGCGCGUAGCUCAGAACAACUGUUACAUCUGGAUGGAGAAGCGACACCGGGGGCCAGGGUUGGCAGCAGGUCAGAUGUACAGCUACCCAGCACGUUGCUGGAGAAAGAAGAGGCGACUUCACCCACCACUUGACCCCCAGCUUCGCCUUUGUGAACUCCGACUCGAGGCUGAGCUGAUGGCCAAGAGAGAAGCCCCAGCGACGGAGGCCACGGCCCUGGAGGCUCUGUUACGAGGUGAUGGGAUCUUAGACAAGAGGAACAAUAACUCCAAAGAGGAAGAGACACUACUGGAAAUCCAGAGGGUGCUUGAGGCAGAUGAAAAUGGGGAUGGUUUCCAUGACGAUGAAGAUUUUGAAGUGGACACACCAAAGAGGAAGCAUCGAAACAAAGGCAGGGGUCGAGGCUCUGGGCGCAGGCGAACAGAGGCAGUGGCCAACGACGAUCAGGAUAAACCCUACGUGUGUGACAACAGAUACAAACAAAAGCAUAACUCAAAAACUGCUGACUCAGUUUGUGGGAAGCGUUACAAAAACCGCCCUGGACUAAGCUACCAUUACACCCAUACUCACCUUGCUGAAGAGGAGGGUGAGGAAGAACGUGAAACUGAAAUCCCCCAAUCUCCUCCUAUCCACCAUGAGAAUCACAAACCACAGAAAGGGCCUGAUGGCACAAUCAUCCCUAAUGACUACUGUGACUUCUGUCUGGGAGACUCAGGCUCUAACAGGAAGACAGGCCAAGCUGAGGAGCUGGUUUCUUGUUCAGACUGCGGCCGUUCUGGCCAUCCUUCAUGUCUGCAGUUCACAGACAACAUGAUGCAGGCUGUUGGAACGUACCAGUGGCAGUGCAUUGAGUGUAAAUCCUGCAGUCUGUGUGGCACCUCAGAGAACGAUGAUCAGCUUCUGUUCUGUGAUGACUGUGAUCGGGGAUACCAUAUGUACUGCAUUAAGCCUCCCAUGACACAGCCACCCGAGGGAAGUUGGAGUUGUCAUCUGUGUCUUGAUCUGCUGAAAGAUAAGGCAUCUGGUUUCGGAGAGCCCUAGGCAUUGAGGAGGUUCUACACAGUUACACACAGACACGCACAGCAGACUCAGGAUAGAUGUUUGUCUUGGUUUUGCUCUGUGGUUCCCCUCCUGUAGUAGUGUGAAGUUGAGUCUUUCUCUACCUCCACGUUACAAACGUUUUCCUCAACCAAGUCUAGGCAAUCGGUAGUCUACCUCACAUCCUGCUCACUAGCAAAUCCAAAGGCAGGUUUGAGUCCAGAUUGUCCGAUUACCUAGAAACAUGUCUUAUUAUAUAAAAAAAGUAGUUAGUUAAAUAGCAACACCAGCACAAUAACUAUAAUAUUACAAUUAAAUGAAGUGAUAAUCAACCUCUUAUACACACAGAAGCUCCUGAGCUGUGAUUCUAAGCUAUUAUUUCUUUGAAAUUGCAAUGGACAAAGCCAGUUUUAACAAAUAGCAAACAAGUAUAAUAAGUUAUCUGCUGUUUCUACUGUAAGUCUUUAAUAAAAGCAACAUAUACUAACUCAGAGACACAGUAGUAUAAAGCAAAACCAUUUUCAUUUUAGUUCAUGUUUUCAGUGUGUCUAUGAUGUUUGUAAGCCUACAUGAUUUCUUGCCAGAUACUUUUGGCUCAUAAUCUGUUUGAUGUGAUUAGAAGCUCAUCUUUCUUACUGGGAUCAUCAUUCAGGUAGACAUUUAGAGCUUAGGAUCUGAAAGCAAUCUUUAAACUAAAUGGCAAAAAAAUACCUUUUUAUUGUAUUAAAGCAGCACUUAGCUUCGACUUCAGGACUGGAAAAUAAUGCUGUGGAGUGUUUUUUAUUUGUACUUUUAUAUAUAUAAUUUAGAAGACAAUCGUGUGGUUGGUAAAUUACAUGAUAGCCAUCAAAUACACCUAUAAUGCUUUUCCUUGUGCUACGAUAAUACUGGCAUGCAUUGUUUUGCCUUUUCAAGACUGUUUAAUAUUUCCUUACAUUUUGUGGGACAAACUGUAUCUAGUUAUGCUCCAGGAACAUUCCAGUUUUGUGUGUCCGCCUGUUUGAAGCCCUUCAUACCUCUCUAAGUGAAACAUCUGUUCAUUUAACAUCUGUUGCUCGUGAUAUAUUAGCAUUUCUAUUUCCAUCUGGACAUUCUCUCAUGUCAUUCCCACCUCCUUCACCUGUAUAAUAAAUUAAAGGCUCUAUUUUCAGAGCCAAUUCAUCAAUGCUCUCCAGAUCUUGCGAUCUGUUGAAUAUUUUAGCUAUGCAUUUUUAUCUAUUUUAAAGGUCAUCUACAUUACAUUUACAUUUGUUUUUCAGUUUAAGAAAUGUAUUAAAGGUUCCAAAAUCAAACUAGUUUUGAUGAUGUUUAGAGUCCAUUCAUCUAACCAUAGUUAGGCCUUUGGAGUAUUUUUUGUUUAAAAAAAAAAAAAAAAAAAAGGGCAGAAAAACUGACAGCUGAUACAGUAUGACUUUUUGCACCUAAAAUUGUUAACUCAUUCUAAAUCUAAUCCUAAACCCCUUUUUUCAUAUUUUGUACUGUUCAGACUUUAGCUUGAAAACCUGUUUAUUUAGACUCUACAUUUGUAAACUCUGGGUUAACAGUCUUUUUUUGGCUAUUUGUCGAUAUUGAUUGAAGGAACAGUCUU